GCCAUUCGAUUGACACGUUAUCACACCAAAUGCAGCAGCACCGUAGUAUAUACGUUGACCUCUAACACUGAGUGGUUUAUGCUUUAUAUCCCGCAGCGAGUGAGCGGUCUGUUUAGCUCAGCGGGAACGUUGAUGCAAACAUUUCCCGUAAUUCCGUGAAACUGCCAUCAGAAGCAUGUGGGUCGACAGCAGCCGUGCUCAACACACGUGACUCGGAGACACCUGGUCCUGGUUUCUGAGCGUGGAGGGGAAAAGGGCCGCUAUCUCGUCGUCUGCUACUAGUUUCCCCCGGCAAGUUCUGCCUGAGAAUAUUUGUCGAAGCGAAGACGGCUAACAGCCGUAGCAAGCAGCGUGAAGCAUGGCAGCAACAACGCCGCAAGUGACCCGCGAAGCGGUGGAGUAUUACCUGAGCAGUAACCUUGAAUUCACGUCUAACUGGAUCGUUAACAACGCUACGGACGAUAUGAUUCACCAAUGGAAGGUCCGUAGGGGGUGGCUGGCGACACACAGUGCCGGUGGACAUGACUCUGACCUCCUCGACUCUCCCACUGACUUCCCUAGCAUGUUGUCCUCGAAAAACUCAAUUACGGAAAACAUGUUCAAAAACUAUAUCUCCGGUAAUCGAAAGUUUACCCCAAGGCCCCGAAAAAUGCUCACUUCAUUAAGACAAAUGAGCGAAAGAGAACUUUUCAUGGAACUGAUUAGAGACAUUGCCAAUGAGCUAGACGUUAACGUGCUGUGCCACAAGAUUCUCGCCAAUGUGAGCACGUUAACAAACAGUGACAGGGGGAGUCUGUUUUUAGCCCGUGGGUCAAAAAAUAAUCGGUACCUAGUGUCGAAACUAUUUGAUGUUACGGAAAGCUCAACGUUGGAGGACACAUUGCAAAAUGAAGAAAAUGAAAUACGGGUACCAGUUGGCAAGGGCAUUGCUGGUCAUGUUGCUUUAACUAAGGAAACCGUCAAUAUCAAAAAUGCAUAUGAGGAUCCCAGAUUCAAUAAUGAGGUUGACUUGAAAACGGGCUACAAAACCCACAGCAUCCUGUGUAUGCCUAUCCUGAAUUACGAGGGAGAUGUCAUAGGCGUAGCACAGAUCAUCAACAAGAGGACAGGGGAUGAAGUCCAUGAAUUCACAGAGGAUGAUGUUGAGGUGUUCAAAAAUUACCUUACAUUCUGUGGAAUUGGGAUAACAAAUGCUCAGCUUUUUGAGCUGUCAGUUGAAGAAUACAAGAGAAAUCAGAUGUUGUUAAAGCUGGCUCGGGGAAUAUUUGAAGAACAAUCAAGUCUAGAAAAACUUGUACAGAAGAUCAUGAUAGAAGCCCAAGAACUGUUGAGAUGUGAGCGUUGUAGUGUCUACCUUAUUGAGGAAGAGGUGGCUGAAGAACAGGACCCUAAAUACCUGAAAAGAGGCUCUGUCACAAGCAUGCCAGAAAUAGAGCUCAUAUCAACAAAUGGGAGAAAAGAACCAAAGGAUAUUGUUUUUGCCAAGGCAUUUGAUUUGUUCAUGAAAGACAAAGGGACUAUUCGAUUACUCAGCGAGAAAGAUUUGGUGAAUUCUAAAAAUGCAGAAAUAGCACGUUAUGUGGCCUCAACACAUGAGACACUUAACAUCUCUGAUGUUCAAAGCGAUACAAGAUUCAGUCGUCAGGAAGGUACUGAAGAAGAAGAAGAUGGUUUCCAGCUCCAGAAUAUGCUUUGCAUGCCGAUUUAUAACAGCCAACACUGCAUAAUAGGCAUCACACAGUUAAUGAAUAAAAUGAACAAACAUCCCUUUUAUGAACGUGAUAUGAAUAUGUUUGAGGCAUUUGCAAUAUUCUGCGGCCUUGGCAUCCACAAUACUCAGAUGUAUGAGAAUGCUGUCAAGUUAAGUGCUAAACAAAGUGUUGCCCUGGAAGUAUUGUCCUAUCAUGCCAUGGCCAGCAAGGAAGAAACUGCAGCACUAAAGAACUCCCAUAUCCCAUCUGCAAAGAAACUUAACCUGUACAGUUUUGACUUUGAUGACUUACCACUAGGGGAAGAUCUCACACUCCAGGCGACCAUUCGAAUGUUUUUAGAAUUGGAUUUAGUCAAUAAGUUCCAUUUGAGCUAUGAGGUUCUUUGUCGGUGGCUGUGUAGCGUGAGGAAGAAUUACCGACCUGUAACCUACCACAAUUGGAGGCAUGCUUUCAAUGUAGCGCAGACAAUGUUCACAAUGUUCACGACAGGAAAGAUGAGGAACAUGUUGACUGACCUGGAAGUGAUUGGCCUGAUAGUGGCUUGCCUGUGCCAUGACUUGGAUCACAGGGGGACAAACAAUGCAUUUCAGCUAAAGGUGGACUCUCCUCUUGCGGUUCUGUACAGUACCUCUACCAUGGAGCACCAUCACUUUGACCACUCCAUUCUUAUACUCAACAGCGAGGGCAACAACAUCUUUGAAAACUUAUCCCCAGAAGAUUAUCGCAAAGUAAUUAAGAUAUUGGAAAGUGCCAUUCUAGCCACAGACUUGGCUUUGUAUUUCAAGAAAAGAGGCAACUUUCAAACUUUAGUAGAGCGUGGAGAGAAAAAAUUUGUAACAGAAGAAAAGAAAGAAUUGCUCAGGAACAUGAUGAUGACAGCCUGUGAUGUGUCAGCCAUUACAAAGCCUUGGCCCAUACAGCAGAGGGUGGCUAAACUGGUGGCGAGUGAGUUCUUUGAACAAGGGGACAUUGAGAAGUCACAGCUCAACUUGAAACCUCAUGCAAUGAUGGAUCGAGAAAAGGAAGAUGAGCUCCCAAAAAUGCAGGUUGGAUUUAUUGAUGCCAUAUGUAUGCCCCUGUAUAAGAUGCUGGCCCAGCUUAAACCAUCUUUGCAACAUCUCCAUAGUGGCUGUGUUAGUAAUCGCAAAGAGUGGCAAAGUAUGGCAGACGGCCAUGAGGUGACAGCCAAGAAACAACAACAAAAUGGCUCUCAUGCUGGUGUUGUGCAUGCACAGGAAGGAGGUUCCCAAGGCACAGACAAAACAAAGCUCACCACUAGCAGCUCUCCAGGAAAGACCUCUCACGUCAGAAGUAAGAAGAAAAGCAAAGCCUGCAGUGUGCUGUGAACAACUUACCGUCUUCAGAUUACUUAGCCCAGAACGCAAUUUACAAUUUAAAAUAUAUCAGAUGAACUGUUACCAGAGCAGCUAUAUCUUUUUCAUCUAUCAAGUUAACAGUUGAUAGAUUGCCUUUAGCUUGACAGGUACUACAUACCAGCUGACAAUAUCUGUAUUAACUUAAAGGUUUAAAGGAAAGGUCUAUAUACUUCAAAUGCUGAAUUCAGGCAGACAUGGACUGAGUAACCAAAAUUGAAAAUUAGUUAGUCAAAGGAUUAUAAUCAUGUGUCAGUGUGCCAGUUUGAUUUUUAUUCUGCCCUCAACUCAACUGAACUAUUUGAUGUGUUGGAUAUUUUAUAGUAGGGGCAACUGGUAUGUUGGCGUUUUGGUUUGAAGGAUAUUGUGGUUCUCUGUCUGCAAAGGGGAAAAAUAAGCAACAUUUCUUUUCACAUAUAAAGUAAAUACCUAAGACAAGAUGUCAGUAGGAAUGCUGUACUUUUUAAAUAUCUACUCAGUACAGGGCGCUUCAAGUUUGCCUUCCUGGUUUUUCAGGUAAUAAGGAGAAACAGAUGUAAUCAUUUAUAUUUUAGAGGUUAACACCCACCCUUUCAGGACAAAUUGUAUAUAAAAGUAAAUUUUCAUGGGUGUGGCACAUGUUAAGGAAUAAAUGCAUUACACAUGGUGGGUUUAAAAAAAGACUCAAGUAAUCUUAACUGUAAUACUAAUGGGGGUUCAAAGAUUAUGUAAGUGUUAUAAUGUCUAACAUGCUUUGUAUUGAGUGCAAACACAAUGUCAGCGGUACCUAGAAAAUGCAAUGCAGCUUAAAUUGGUGGGGAGACUUUUGAUCAGCCAUAUGCAUGAAAAUCAAAUGAAUUAACAACACUUACUGUGGUUUUUAUAAUGCAACCUUGAGGGGGAAGGUCUUACAUGUAUUAUUUCUAUGAGACAGACAGCUGAUAUAAUGCAUGUCAUUUAUAUGUAAGGCAUAGGUCUCCAGCUUUAACAUCUGCACAGGUACAACAAUGGGUCUAUUUUCAAAGUGGUUUGCUUUUUUUAAAUUUUUGUCAAAUGCAUCAUUUAUAGAGUAGACCAAUAGUUUAUGUUAUGCUAUAUUAUGAUACAUAUCUGUGAUAAUUCAUCUUUAUAAUGUUGGACUCAUUCUUUUGUCUUUUGUGGAAUACAUAUACUUGUGCAAUCAUCAAGUCUCAGUUCAGUAGUCAGGUCACUUAUUAAAGAGUAUUUCAAUUUUUAUUUUCUCAGGUAGAAUGUAUUCAGUUCAUGCUUUGAAUGUAGAUUAAAGAAAAAAAA